CGGGGCCCCUCCCGGAGCGGGUUCGGCCCGGAAACCGCUGCUGGCUCCGACCGCAUCCUCCUCGGCCGCAGAUCCUUGGGCGACAUUGGGCGUCGCACCACGCUAGCCAAGAUGCUGAGCAGAACCAUGAGAGACUUCGGCAAGCAGCUGAUCCGGCAGCGCACAGUAGACCUGGACACGAACGAGUCACAGUUGGCUCGCUGCCUCUCCACCUUGGACCUGAUAGCUCUCGGCGUGGGAAGCACCCUUGGAGCGGGUGUCUAUGUUUUGUCUGGUGAGGUGGCCAAGGAUCUUGCCGGGCCAUCUAUUGUGAUCUGUUUCUUCAUCGCAGCCGUCUCAUCGGUGCUGGCCGGCCUGUGCUAUGCAGAGUUCGGAGCCCGGGUGCCCAAAGCCGGGUCUGCCUACCUCUACAGCUAUGUGACAGUCGGAGAAAUCUGGGCCUUCACGACAGGGUGGAACCUCAUUCUCUCAUACAUGAUAGGAACAGCAAGCGUUGCUCGUGCUUGGAGCUCCACUUUUGACCACAUGAUUGGCGGCCAUAUAUCCACUUUCUUCCACAAUAACACUGCCCUGCAUGUGGAAAAUGUGCUUGCCAAAUAUCCCGACUUCUUUGCCCUCUUCUUGGUGUUGCUGCUUACAGGCUUGCUGUCAUUUGGUGUGAGCGAAUCUGCGCUGGUGAACAAAAUCUUCACAGCCGUCAACUUGCUGGUCCUUGGCUUUGUCAUUGUUGCUGGUUGCGUGAAGGGAGACGUCAAGAACUGGAGCUUGUCAGAGGAGGAUUUUCAAAACCUCUCACUUGCUUCUCCUGGGAAGGAAACGGGCAAGUUUGGCAGUGGAGGCUUUUCCCCAUUUGGCUUCCAAGGGAUCCUCUCUGGGGCUGCCACAUGCUUUUAUGCCUUUGUUGGGUUUGACUGCAUUGCGACAACAGGUGAGGAGGCCCGGAACCCUCAGCGCUCGAUUCCCAUCGGCAUCAUCGUCUCCCUGCUCAUCUGCUUUGUGGCCUACUUCGGGGUUUCUGCUUCCUUGACCCUGAUGGUGCCUUACUUCCUGGUGGAUGACGAGAGUCCGCUCCCCGCUGCCUUCAAGGCGGUGGGUUGGGAACCUGCCCGCUAUGUUGUGGCCAUAGGCUCACUCUGUGCCCUCUCCACCAGCUUGCUUGGAUCCAUGUUCCCGAUGCCUCGAGUGAUCUACGCCAUGGCUGAAGAUGGGCUGCUCUUCAGGUUUCUCUAUCGUGUGCACAGCCGGACCAAAACUCCCUUGGUGGCCACCAUUGUCUCAGGCAUCAUUGCCGCCUUGAUGGCAUUUCUCUUUGAGCUGGAGGACCUGGUUAACCUCAUGUCCAUCGGCACUCUGUUGGCAUACUCCCUGGUGGCCGUGUCGGUGCUCAUCCUCAGGUAUCAGCCUGAGGUGUUCACAGCCCCCAAAGACUUGGAAAUGCUUGAAGUGAAUGGAAGCGAAGAAGAGAAGGUGAUAAUGAAUCCCUCAACUGGCGAGAGCCAAACUGUGCUCGAGGAGAAGUUCAGCUGGAAGAGACUGGUUUGGCCUUCUGGGAAUGCCCCAAGUUGUGUCUCAGGGCGCAUUGUCUACAUCAGUAGCACAGUCCUCUGUGUGACAACGGCUGUCCUGUGUGGCAUCCUGGCCCAGGAAGGGAAAGCGCUCUUGGACAACAGUGUGGGCUGGAUUACGGCCUGCGUGCUUCUCCUAGUCGUUUUGCUGGGUGCCACUGCUGUCAUCUGGAGGCAGCCAGAAAGCAAGACUCACCUUACUUUCAAAGUGCCUGGGCUGCCACUACUGCCCCUCAUCAGCAUCUUCGUGAACGUCUAUCUCAUGAUGCAGAUGAAUGCGGGCACUUGGGCUCGUUUUGCUGUCUGGAUGGCCAUCGGCUUUGCCAUCUACUUUGGCUACGGGAUCCGGCACAGUGAAGAAGGGCAGGCGGCUCGGCAGUCCCAGUCGGCGGCAAGGAAACCUCUGCAGUGUCCUACCUCUGACCUGAGCCAAGACAGGGCCAUCUGAGAGCAGGUGAUCUGCUCUCUGUCCCCAUCCGGAUGGCCCAGGGGCCCGAGCUCUUACUUGCCUCUUACCCCUCCCUACGCCAGGCAAGUGAUCACAUGAUCCCGAGUAGACAGUCUCUAUGGCAACUAUUGUAAACUUGCGUCAAAUGUGCCAUCCUGCCAUAGAGGCACAUAAAACAAACUAGUGGGCAGGAGACGGGGCAGAAGCCAAUUCCCCCUUGGCCUUGGGAGAAAGCCAAUGCCUGCCAGAGAAGCUGCCACACCCCCUGGUGUCUGUAUUUAUUCUGUCUGGCCUUAUUAACUGGAGAUUGCCUUUCCCACGUGUCCCUGUCAGUGUGAGACAGCUGGAGUCCAAGCCCGAAUCUCAGUACCUGUAAGCUUUUUGUUCGUAUUGUCAAAAAUGUUACAUGUUUUGUAUGAUUAGCACACCAAAGGAUUUUAAAAAAAGGUUUUUAUAUGUUCAACUUGUGGCCGCCAUUUCAUGCCAGUUUGCUUUGCGAUGUGCUUGGUGGCCAUUCUUGUGGGUGAGCUUGUGGACCUGUCCCCGUGAAGUGGUACAAUUAUAUUCAGGCUGCUCAUGAACCCCCCUUUCACAGCUCAGUUCCCUGAGAAGCAGAGGCAGAAGCUCCUCAAAAGCUCGCUUGCCCCGAGUGCCACCGUAGCUCUUGAAGGAUCCAUGGGAGACUGCUUGAGCCCCCAAAAUCUCCCCUCCCUCAAGCAGGCUUUUCUUAAUUAGAGCCCCCCCCCCCCCACGGCCAAUCACAACAAUCAUUAAAAACAAGGCCGGCUGUGCUCAGUACUCUGUCCUGCUGUGGAGCCUUCCAGAGGUGGCCAACUUGUGGCCCUCCAGGUGUCCUAUCCUCCUCCUUCCAUCAGCCUUUACCGUUGCCUGUGCUGGUUAAUGCUGUUGGGCCUUGUGGCUCCCCAGCCAUUUUCACCCACCGACUGCCCAGGCCUGUCCUAAAUGAGGACGUGUGGUAUGGGGCUGAGCUCCUUGCUUGCUUGAAAUCUGGUAGACAAUUAGGCGGGCCUUCAGCCUGUUUCAGGAAUCAAGAGUGGCGCUGCGAGCAUAUCACCUUGUGCUCAAGCAGCACACAGCACCCAUUACUAGCAGCCACACUGGCACAGUCUAACAACUGGAGUACCGUAAUUUCUCUACCCUUGCCUCGGCUUCUCACAUAAAACCAAACAGUUUGGCACUUACUGUAGGACAUCCUUUAGCACUAGAGGUGGAUCAGAGAGGUAGCAAGGUAUGACGGAGUUAUCUCCAGCAAUCAGCUAGCUGGAUUGGCCAAUGAGCUACCCUAAAACCCCAUGUUGAGGCAGCAAUAGCAUGCUGUCAGUAUGGUCAUCGGAGUGAUGGGAGGCAGCGGAUGAGAACCAGGCCUUAGCUGGACAUUCCCACCUCUUUCAAAAGCUGUAGCUACACAGAGGGUGUACGUUGCACAAUGGACAGAAAUGGAAAUUCAUGCUAGUCCUAGAGGUUUGUAUCUCUAAAGGAGCGUCCCUUGGUAUAUUUGAUCUGGGUAGUGGGGCUGGAACCAGAGGGUGGCAGAACAGAUUGCAAAAUAAGCUAACAACUAGCCACUGGCUCCAGGCUGGGAGAGUGGAGACUUUAAAGGCAAACAACACCCUCCAAUUGUAAGUAAGACAUAGUAAGCUCAUUUUAAUUUAGUCCAUUAUGUUUAGUGACUUCCUGGGUUUGCUCUGUUUUAAUUCUUCCCAAAUCUGUGAAGACCAAAUGAUGGGUGAAUAACAAACUGACAGCAAAUUUACGUCACAGUAUUAGGCAAACACUCUUCUUUCAAAAUGUGGCAACUCUCCAAGAUCUGGGUCAACCUGGUGGUUCUUGCCCCUUUGGAGCAAAGGCAGUCGCUUUCCUAUAUUUUGACUGGGAAAAUCAUCCCGAGUGCCCGAAAGGAAGCUCGCCAGUGACUUCACUCAUGUGCCAGUGUGCACACACACUCCAAAAAACAUGCAUAGGACCAGACUCUCUAAGACUGAAUCGGUGCCAAACUGCCAAACUCCAUUAUACAGAAACCUUUUGAAAUUUGCUCUCAGAGCUCUGAUCUAGGCCUUCAGCUCAUUUGACCCAAGCGAGUCCAAAAGCUACACUUUAAACCAGAGGAAAUAGGUAGGCAGCGGGCCUGAAAGCCAUGCAAACACUGUGUGUAUGCUUGAUGUUUCCUUCUUGUGAUGGAGGACUACUCCUUGGAAUUCAACCCAGUUAAUAUUACUGCAGUUCAACAGUUAAUUGCCCAUGGCAGCUUAUUGUCUUACCAGAUCCUCACUGUUUUUGCUCUGAAUGCCGACACAUGAAUAAGCGUCAUGUAACUUGAAUGUGACAUCUUACUACAAUUGUUGGACCAAAUAAAAAAACUGUCGCACUA